AGCGUGGACUUCACUUUUGAUACCACCAUAGCAUCCAGUAUUCGCAGGCAGGGAAAACUGGAUGGUAAAGGCAACGAAGAUUGUCCAGAAGGUGCAAUGGCAUCUUUGGUCAACUGACUUCAAGCAAGCAGGAAGUACCACCUAACUCACUGCAGGCAAAUAACAGGUCAAGAUCAAAGACAUGUCUCAUUUCAAUAACAGCAGUCACCCCUGGUUUGGGGACAUGCCAAACUGGGAAGAUGUGGGUAAGUGUCCGACGUCCGUCACCGGCACCACCUUCUUAAUCGUGGCGUAUAGCGUGGUGCUCGCGGUCGGGCUGGUGGGCAACACCUGCCUGGUCUUGGUCAUCACGAGGCAGAAAGAGAUGCGGAACGUCACCAACAUCUUCAUUGCCAACCUGUCCUUCUCCGACAUCCUGGUCUGCCUCGUGUGCAUACCAGUGACCGUCAUCUACACGCUGAUGGACCGCUGGAUCCUCGGCGAGGCGCUGUGCAAGUUCACGCCCUUCGUGCAGUGCAUGUCCGUGACGGUCUCCAUCAUCUCCAUGGUGCUCAUCGCCCUGGAGCGUCACCAGCUCAUCAUCCACCCCACCGGCUGGAAGCCCGUGGUGGGCCACUCCUAUCUGGCCGUUGCCAUCACCUGGAUGGUGGCCUGCUUCAUCUCCCUGCCCUUCCUCUCCUUCCACGUGCUCACCGAGAUGAACUUCCACAACCUCACGCUGCCAUUCAACCCCUUCCCCGACCACCUGGUGUGCAUCGAGGACUGGCCCACCAACGAGAAGCGGCUGGCCUACACCACGUCCCUGCUGGUCUUCCAGUACUUCCUGCCGCUGGCGCUCAUCCUGCUCUGCUACGUGCGCAUCUUCCUGCGGCUGCACCGGCGCCGGGACAUGGUGGAGCGGACGCGCGACGCCCGGCAGAAGAAGGCCAAAGGCUCCAAGCGGGUCAACAUCAUGCUGGCCUCCAUCGUGGUGGCGUUCGCCGUGUGCUGGCUCCCGCUCAACAUCUUCAACACCGUCUUCGACUGGAACCACGAGGCCAUCCCGUCGUGCCACAACGACGCCAUCUUCUCCGCCUGCCACCUCAUGGCCAUGGCGUCCACCUGCGUCAACCCCAUCAUCUACGGCUUCCUCAACAACAACUUCCAGAAGGAGCUCAAGGCUCUGCUGUACCGCUGCCGCUGCUGGGGGGCGCCCGAGGACUACGAAAGCUUCCCCCUCUCCACCGUCAGCACAGGCAUCACCAAGGGGUCCAUCCUCAGCAACGGCUCUGUCAGCAUUAACGCCUGACAAAUUGGCAGUGGAAGAGGAGGCUGCCUCUCUGGGCUGUAGUUGAUAGAUAUGAAUAUCCACAUGACGCCAAGGCACAGGUCUAAACCAAUGUUUUCAUUGGCACCUGAACAGGACAUAAGUUGGACUAACCCAUGAAGAGACACAGCACUUAUUCAUUUAAGACUUGAGGUCCUGCUUAAGGACCCUCGGUUAUAGGACUGGUUGCAGACUGUCAUUAGAGAGGUCAUAUGGCUUGGUUUGGUCAUGUGAGUGUUUUGCAAGACCAGCUGUAAAAAAAAAAAGUAUAUUGUUGCUGAAUGUUGUGGAAUAUACAUGCUGAAGCAGCUGUUGCUUUGAUAAGAGAGCUGAUAAGGAGUUUCUCUGGAAAUGUAACAAGAAACUUUAAUGCUUUCCCAAAUUAAACUAGCAGCACAGUAUUUAUCUGAGAGUUACAUGCAAAAUUAUAUUUUACCAUGCUUAGAGGCACAUGACAUCAGGGUAAUGUAUUAUACUCAUCAGAGGAAUUAAAUUCAGCAUUACGUUACUGUAAAUCAAGAGGCUCUUAUCUUAGAGCCAGUGUUAAUAUUAUGUAGUCAUGCUAAUGGUUUGUUUGAUAACUUGAUAUUUUAUGAUGUCUGAACCACUGUAAUAUACUAUGUCAUUUGUGGUGAUUGUGUGCCAUUGCCUUCUGAUUGAAAAAAAAACAAACAAAAAAACAGGUUGUGUACUUUACUAAGGUAGCUUUUGUUAAGUGAUCCCUAAUUAUAUAUAUUUUGUUGCUAUAUUUAAUUUUCUAUCUCUUAUUUCCGAGUCAUUCCAAAGACUUUUUCUGUUGUGGGAUGGAAAAUCUGUGUUCAGGAAGUCACCAAAGACUGAUAGAUGAGCCUAGCCCAGUCAUGGAUGGAUGGAUGGAUUUGUUGUUCUCCCAUGAAACCACAUGGCUCAUUUCAUGAGGCAAAAUAGGCUUCUAAAACAAGCACCACUAUAUACCAUAAUUCUUGAAAUCCAGAUUAAUUUGUUCAUGAAGUGUUACUCCGAAUAGGGGUUGAAAGAUUUACUAAUUGCCUUGCAGUCUUACCAUCAACAUAUUUCAAUAGUUAUAAAGAUUUGAAGAGGCAUUAUUUUACAGUGUAAAGUUGAUGAGUAAUAUGAUACAGUAUAAUUCCUUAUUUGACAUCUGUAUAUCUGAUCAGCAACAGCAACAUCUAAGCUUAGUGAAUGUAAUAUUACAGAUGUAAUAGGUGUGUGUGUGUGUGUGUGUGUGUGUGUGUGCAUGCAUUCUUCUAAUUGUCAAUUUGUCAGUUCUAUUACUUUCAGAAAGAAAAUGCUUUGAAGAAUUUAUGUAUCAGUAAUCUCAUGUUGAAUAUAAUAGUCACUCAGUGUGUGUGUGAUGUUGAUGUGUGCAAGUGUGCAUUUAUGUGUGUAUGUGCAUUUGUGUGUGUUUUGUGUGUGUGUGUGUGUGUGUGUGUGUGUGUGUGUGUGUGUGUGUGUGUGUGCACUUUGUAGGCCUUCAGCUUUGGAUUGAAUGUAUUGACAGAGAUAAAUGGGUCCAGUCUAAUCAAGAAGUUACCAUUGCAGAGCUUAAAUGUCUACACUGUAUAUAAUGAAUGUAACCCACUCCUUAUUUAAAGUACACUACAUGGAUGCAUCUGUAAAAAACACAUGCAUGGGAAAGAAGCCAGAUAAAUGUGGCAAUAUGCUAUAACACAAUUUAUACUAUAAAUAUUUUAUGGAAUGGACAUUUGAUUAUUAUGUCUGCUAUGUCAUAUAGAUAUUCAGUAGCAGAAUACUAUUUGUGUCCUACAGCAUUCCAACAUAAUUACAAUAUCUGUGAAAUGGGAUUGUGCCAAAUUAACCUUAUUAAACCUACCAUAUUGUCUUUUAUUCUAUUGCCAACUAAUUACACUGUAUCGAGUUUAAAACAUUAUGACAUUAGUCACGUACAUUUUGUCAAUUAAAUUUCCAGGUUAAGUACCUUUGUAACCCCCCACACACACCCCAACACAGAAAAAAUGUGUUUUCAAAUGGGCAACAACAUCUCAUAUUGACUGAGCACUGAUGGUUUCAGAUCCUCAGAGCUCAGGCAGAAUGCCUUUAUUUACCCUCUGACAUAGUGGGUCACCAUAUUUUACUUAACAAAUACAGUACAUGUACCUUGCUAUUUGAUGCACUUAGAUUGAUCAGCUCCUGUGAAACUGAAGCAUUUUGUUUUUUAUACUGCAAUUCCUUGUAAAGUGUGCCGUGUUUCUUCAUCGUUUUGUAUCAUUGUUUUUCAUUAUUAAAAGGGUGAAAAUACACCAUUAGAAUGAG